GCGCUGCUCCUCUGCUCCAGUCAGUGUCCACUCCGAGGUGUGCUCUCCAUUGAGUUGAACACGGAGAAGAGCCUCUUGACAAGUUUUAACCUGGAAAUAUCGUCCUGUGGUCCCGGCGAAAGGCGAAUUUAUUCGGACCUUUGUUUCGAAAAGAGAGGGAAUUUUUUUGGAGGACGACAAUAGUCCCCAGAACCCGAAGAACAAGAACUGAGUGAACGCUGCCAGCCUGUGAGCCUUGUUGUGCCGGGGGAGCCUUUUUGUUUGGGGUUAACCUAACUGUGAAUAGCAGUGGCGCGCUUUCCUUCGGCUUGGAGAGUAAUUGUAAAAUAUUCUGAAAUACUUUGUGCCUGGCGUGUGUGAGUGUGCUGGGUUAAGCUGUGAUGAGGAGAGAAUUUAACAGCGGUGAAGCGCCAGACGGAGACAGCGAAAGCUAAGCUCAUCUCACCCACCAACCAACCGACCGACCGACCGACCGACCACCGGUGGUCAACGACCACAGAAACACAGGCUGCUCAUUGCAGUGAGUCAGUAUCAUGGAGGCAGGCAGCGGGGCUGCCGCAGCGGUGGGGAGUGCAGCACUAGGACUGCUGGGAGCCACAGCCACGUCCAGCCAUGACAUCUUGGACAGGGGCCUGAGGCCUGGACGUCACCUGGAGGACGACGAUAUUGUGCCUGAGUUGGCUCACAUCCAUCCCAGAGAGAGACCCGACUGGGAGGAAACCAUCAGUGCCAUGGCAAGGAGCGCAGAGAUCCCUGAGCUGAGGACGGAGCCCCUCAUGCGCUCGUGCAGCAGCAGCACGGCCAGCAUGAAGGUCAAGAAUGUCAAGAAACUUAGCUUCACCAAGGGCCACUUCCCCAAACUGGCAGAGUGCGCUCACUUCCACUACGAAAAUGUGGACUUUGGCACAAUUCAGUUGUCCCUCGGGGAUGAACAGUGUGAAGUGACACGGAACGGCUAUGAGUCCAAGGAGCUGGUGUACUUAGUUCAUAUUUACUGCCAGGGUCGAAGUUGGAUUGUGAAGCGCAGCUAUGAGGAUUUCCGUGUCCUGGACAAGCACCUGCACCUCUGCAUUUACGACCGACGCUUCUCCCAGUUGCCUGAGCUGCCUCGAUUGGACAGUCUGACUGAUCAGUCAGAGUCAGUUUCACAGAUGUUGUUAGCUUACCUCUCCCGGCUCUCAGCCAUCGCUGACAACAAGAUCAACUGCGGGCCCGCCCUCACGUGGAUGGAGGUCGACAAUAAGGGAAAUCAUCUGUUAGUCCAUGAAGAGUCGUCUAUCAAUGUGCCAGCUAUUGCUGCUGCCCACGUCAUCAAGCGCUACAUCGCACAGGCCUCAGACGAGCUGUCCUUUGAGGUUGGCGACAUUGUGUCAGUGAUUGACAUGCCCCCGAAAGAAGACACCACGUGGUGGAGGGGCAAGCAUGGCUUUCAGGUUGGCUUCUUUCCCAGCGAGUGUGUGGAGCUCAUAAAUGAUAAAGUGCCGCAGUCCAUGACCAACACGGUGCCAAAGCCAGCCUCCCCCUGCUCUGGCCUGCAGCCUGCUUCUUGGAGUCUCUUCCCUCCCUACUUGGAGAUGGAGAGUGUAAUACAGGAGAGUGCAUGGGUGGCCGACCCGCUUAACCACUACAGCCUAAGUUCAGUGUCUAAGAAGCACGGGAAGUUGAUCACCUUCUUGCGCUCCUUCAUGAAGUCCAGGCCCACCAAGCAGAAGCUGAAGCAGAGAGGCAUCCUCCGGGAGAGGGUGUUCGGCUGCGACCUGGGGGAACACCUCCUCAACUCAGGACAUGAUGUGCCCCAGGUCCUCAAGAGCUGCACCGAGUUCAUUGAAAAGCACGGUGUGGUGGACGGCAUCUACCGCCUCUCUGGAAUCGCCUCAAAUAUCCAGAAAUUGCGGCACGAGUUUGACUCUGAGCAGAUCCCCGACCUGACCAAAGAUGUUUACAUCCAGGACAUCCACUGUGUUGGCUCGCUGUGUAAGCUCUACUUCAGAGAGCUGCCUAACCCCCUGCUCACCUACCAACUCUACGAGAAAUUCUCUGAUGCUGUAUCAGCAGCAACGGACGAAGAGCGACUCAUCAAAAUCCAUGAUGUCAUCCAGCAGCUUCCUCCGCCGCAUUACAGGACCCUGGAGUUCCUCAUGAGGCACCUUUCCCACCUGGCGGCGUUCAGCUACAUCACCAACAUGCACAGCAAGAACUUGGCCAUCGUGUGGGCACCCAACCUGCUGAGGUCCAAACAGAUUGAAUCUGCAUGCUUCAGUGGCACAGCAGCCUUCAUGGAAGUCCGGAUCCAGUCUGUGGUGGUGGAGUUCAUCCUGAACCACGUGGAUGUCCUCUUCAGCACUAAACUCAGCUCACUAAUACGAGAGGGAGCAGGUCACAAUUCAUUGUCACGGCCCAAAUCCCUGCUGGUCUCAUCACCCUCCACUAAACUUCUGAGUCUGGAGGAGGCCCAGGCCAGGACCCAGGCUCAGAUCAACUCUCCGGUCACUGAAGACAGCAAAUACAUCGAGGUGGGCGAAGGUCCAGCUGCCCUGCAGGGCAAGUUCCACACAGUCAUCGAGUUUCCCACUGAGAGGAAGAGGCCUCCCAUUAAAUCCAAGAAGUCCCCUGUGGGUAGCUGGCGUUCUUUCUUCAACUUAGGCAAAUCUUCCUCCAUGUCCAAGCGCAAGCUGCACCGCAACCCCAGUGAGCCCAAUGAACUAAAGGCCAUGGCUCUCGCUGGCGGCAGAGGAGACACAGCAACGUUAAGAUCAGCCAAAAGUGAAGAGUCACUGAGUUCCCUGCACAAUGUUGAAGGAGAGUCCAAGGUGUACCGUCCCCGGCGGCCACGCUCCAGCAGCGACGCCCUGUCAGCCUCUUUUAAUGGCGAGCUGCUGGACAGCCGGCAGCAUUGCAACUCCUACGACAACCUGGACGCCACAGAGGACAGCGACGGAGACGACGGGCCCAUCUGUGUGCCUGCUCUCAUUUCACCUCCCCGCUCAGCUGGUGAAGACGUGGACCUCAGCCCGCCGGACAUCGGCAUGGCCUCCUUGGACUUUGACCCCAUGUCAUUCCAGUGCAGUCUCCCCGACACCUCCUACGCCUUCCCCCUAGAUGACUUGCCAGCUGGGGCCGAGUGCUCCAUGUUAAAGAGGAGCCCCGGCAGUGCGUGCGGAAAGACCAACAGCUCUGAGCUCAUCUCUGCCACCUUCCUGGGCAGCUUGACCUCCCCCAUGUUGUCCACGGACUUCAGCCGGGCUGCCAGAGAGAAGGUGGAGAGCAAGAAACUGACCACUUCCUAUUCUUACACUGAUAAACCCACCCAGGCUGUGUCACCUAUUAAAUGCGGAAAGGCCACCAGUUUGACACCAUUUGCCACUUCAGAGCUUUUCUCUACAGAGAUGCCUGACAAGAAUACAGCCGGACAGGCCACCUCUCCACAACCAUUAUCUCCUGCUUCAGCAGCCAAGGACUCUCCUCCCCUGAUGGGCAGUGUGCUGCUGAGGGCAGCCGAGCCAUCGCUAAGUGAGGCUUUCCAAAUAGAGCUGCACUCUAAGCUGGCAGCCUUUGACAGUGUGGACAGUCAGGAGCUGAGGGGAGAGGACAGCGUACAGGAAGCGCCAGCUGCCAGCAGCCAAGAGCACCGCGGAGUUGUAACUCCGGACUCUUCAAAGGACCUCACCCCUCGUUCCCUGAGCUCUACAGCUCCCACUACUGCCCCUCCUCCUCCUCCUCCCCCUCCUAAAAAUGCUGCCCGCAUGCUGGCCCUGGCCCUAGCCGAGUCUGCCCAGCAGGUCUCCGUUCAUUGUCAGUCCCGGCCCUCUGAGCCCCCCACGCCGGUUUUCCCUCUGCAGCCACAGGAGGGCUCUAACUUCCAGGACUUGCCACAUCCAGCGCUCCCACAUUUCCAGACUUCCUCCGAUGAGGGAGCAGGGAGAGGAAGUUCCCCACCGCCAAACAGCACUGCUCCAACGAUCAGCCUGGCCCCAUCUUAUCCCUCCACUUCCAGUCCCACAAUCAAGCAGCAACCAAAAGAGUUAACUGGCACGAUUACCAAGCUAUCAGACAGUGCCAAGUCCUCUACAACUCCACCUGGUACACAGCCAGAAACAGAGAAAAGAGAAUCCACCCCACCAGACACUCCUCUUUACAAGUGUCCCCCACUCCCCAGUUCAACCAGCCUGACCUCUCCAACCAGGAAAAGUCCAGAAAGGCAGCAGCCAGUCACAGGUCAGAUCCCAGUCCGUACCGGCUCAUCUAGUAACACUCCAGUCACCACCCCCAGUGGCAGCUGCAAAGUCACUGGAGUCUUACCAGAGCCUGUUCCUGAGGUCAAACCAGAGGAGCCUGCACCGCCCCCAAUACUUCCAAAACCAUCAGAACCGGCACCUCCACCAAUUCAAAAGCCUAAACGGCAUGCUGUCUCAUCCCAGCAUCAAACACAAGCUCAGCAGCAGACCUCAAACGCAAUCUCAACCCCAAACCCAACCCCAACCCCAAACCCAACCCCAAACCCCAAACCCAACCCCAACCCCAACCCCAACCCCAACCCCAACCCCAACCCCAAACCCAAACCCCAACCCCAACCCCAAACCCAACCCCAAACCCAACCUCCACCCCUCUCAAAGGCUAGUGCAAGAGUGGCCCCCACCUCUGCUGAGCCUGUUGAGAAGCCUUGGGAGGCCAUAAAGCCAGUACAGCCCUGUACAGAGUCUGCAAAGUACCACGACUCGUACGGACCCGCACCUCCAGCCCCUCCUGUCCGCACCAUAGAGAGCAAACUGGCCACAGCAGCACUCAGCCAAAGUGAAGCCUCCUACCAUAUCCUGGGUGAGGGCCCUGCACCCGUGCAUCUAGAAGAUCCUCUGCCUCACCAUCCUCUUUCUCCUCGUAAAUCUUCCACGCACCAGCCAGCCUACCUGUACCACGCUAAAGGAGAGCCAGUCUUAAUUGAGCCUCCAGGAGCUGCAUACUACCACCAGAGGCCUGUUCCUCUAGGCCCGCAGUCCAUGCCACACCACUACCGGCCAGACAGCGUCCCCCCACACCUCUCCUUCGUGUCCAAAUCUGAGCCUCAGAUACCUUACAGUGCCCGAGUAGACAAUAGAUACAGCACUUUAGGCCCCAGGUCCUAUCACCACUCCAUAAAGUCCAGAGGAAACACCCGCAGUGUGUACGUGUCUCCAGGGCCAGGGCAUCAGGGUUAUAGCCAUGACAGAACCCACGGCUAUCCCACCAUCCGCAGAGUGCACUCACUGCAUGUUCCUUCCACUAUCCGCUCAGUGCCCAUCCAGAGGACUGAAGUUCCUCCAGAUGAUGAUAUGUUCUUCUACCACCGACCCGUGUAUCAGUGCAAAGCGUACCAGCAGUCCCCGCAGCAGUCCUCACAAGCCGACUACCACGUCACCCAGCUGCAGCCUUACUUUGAGAAUGGACGGGUCCAGUAUCGCUACAGUCCGUACUCCGGUUCCAGCCCUUUGGAGGCACCUUACUAUGACAUUGACCCUUACGGCACCAUCCGGGUCAGGCACGUUCACUCCUAUGGCAGCCGAGAGCCAGGAGCCGUUGCUGGCCGACCGGGUGGAAAGGCGACUGGGUACCACUACGUGGCUCGACACAUUCUUCCACCAGGGAAGGAGCACAGCUUUGUGAGCAGAGACAUGCCCCCAGGUCAUGGAACCCAGGAGGCUGCUGCUUACCUUGCUUGGGACGCUGAGGAGUCAGAAAGGCUCCGCAUGCACUCCAUACGCAGGGAGAGCAGGGCCAGACAGAAGAUUAAAGGCCCCGUCCUCUCUCAGUAUGACAAUGUCGGCUUGUUUGCACCAGCAGAUAUAUCAGGCUAUGAAACCCUGCACCUGCGCAGUAAGUCUGACCCAGGCAAAGCUGUGCUGGUUGCAGCCGAGAGCAAAGACGGGCGCUACCUCCCCAGACACAUGGUGUCAGACCCUGAUGUUCUCAUGUACAUGGAGACUGACAAGCAUGUCCAGGGCACCACAGUGGGCGAAAAGUCAGAUGGGCUCGCCAAGCAAAGCAGCUCCAAGAAAUGCCAAUCCUCUCACUCCCUUCCAGCUACUCUGAGCCACAGUCUCUCCCAUCAGCAGGAGAGCGGCCGACACGAGGCCAAGUAUGAGACUGGAGACGACAAGCAGGGUGGAGACGGCAGCAGGUCUAAACACUGGCAGCAGGAGUAUCCCAGCAAGAGGAACUUUCAGCCACGUUACGAGUGUCCUGAUUCUGACCACCACCAGGGUAAAGCGAAAACGUCGAGCGGCUACCACAGUACAGACGACCAGCCAGCAGCCCCCAGGGAACAACCUGCCCGCUCCAAACCGGAGCGAUCACACAGUGUCCGAGAGCAGCAGCAUUACAACCAGGGGAAGCCUGAACUGGACAGAGACUACUCAUAUCAGAAACACAGCACUAAAACGGCGCAGUCCCACUAUGAUAACUUGGACGAUUACCACCCAGUACCUCAGCCUCAGGCCCCUGUUCAAAAACGUGGAGGCUCCAGCUCCUAUCCGGCCCCGGGAUUCACAGCGAGCCACAACAACAGAGCGUACUCCACAGCACUGGGCCAGGGAGCCUUUAUCCAGACUGACCUGGCCAUGCAGAGGCCAGAGACAGAGAUACGUACAGAAUGAAGCAUUUGUCGGGGGGGGGGGUUGUGUGAAAUGAUCUUUAGCUGUGUAGAAGAAGAAAGACUCUGUUGAGCUACGGUUGAGCAGCCUCUGCAGGACAGUGGACUGUCGUAUCACCAAUAUUUUUGCUCCUCUGUAUUUUUAAUGAAUUGUAAAGAAAAUUGUAAGACUUUUUACAGAAAGUCCUGAAUGUACCUGAAAUUAUUGUCCAAGAGGUCAUAUUAUUGUGAUUGAUUGAGACAGUAGCCAGUCAUAAAUGUAUAUGAUAUGUAAGACGUAAGGUACUUUUACAGGAACCACAAAAAUGUAAAAUAUAUAUACUAUAUAUAUAUAUAUAUGAAUAGAAUCACUAGUAAAAAGGGAUUUUUAGUUGAUUUUUUUGUUUUUAGGCGUGGAGCUGGGUAUGAGCAUAACUGGGAUUAAGGUUUGCAUUUUAGAAAUGCAUGCACUCUUACAGAACACUUCUGUGUACUUCAUUAUCCAUUGCGUUUUUUCUGGAUGUUACAGCACAAGUUAUUGAAGGAGGAUACACAUAGGUCAUCACGCCCUCCCUCUGCUACGUACACAAGUAGGCGGUACAGUGUGUCCACGUUUGUCUCAAAGAAUCCGACUGGGUGGGAGGUUUAAUAAGGGGCUGCAAUGGUUACUUUCAGUUAAUACAGUGGUUAUCAAUGUCUUAUUUUCUCUGUGACUGUGCCAUUUUUAUGUAACUUUGCUAUAAACCGAUUUCAAUGACUUCUAAUGGAAUGUUUUGGUACUUGUUUGUUCUUCAUUGGAAGAGGGACCAAACGACUUGGCGCAGUUGUUGCACAUACGGGAUAAAGAGGGGAAGAUGGAUGAAUGCCUGUUGUACCUUUAGAUGUGUAAGAGGUUAUUUUUAUUUCUUUUUUUCCCAUCACAUUCACGGUACUUUCAUGAACUGGACUGACUGAAUAAAGAUGAAAAUAUUGUCCUCUCAAACAACGUAGUGAAGAACAUGUUGCCGCUGCUUUGUGGAAAAAAACAACUUGGUGAUGAGCCUUAAAUUGUGUUCCUACAGACCAUAUUUUGUUUACUCUCAUUGUCAGGUCCAUUGUCAUAAUGCACAAACAUUGUGAUAUCUAGAUUAGAGAUCACUUUUGAUGAUUCUUGACAGUUCAGGGUUGACAGGUGACCUGGGGCUAUUUAGUUUUGUAUCGCCUCACUGGUUCUGAAUUUAAAACAACGAAGGAGGGAACGUUUCUUUUUUUAAAGAUACCUGGGGCUUUUUAUUUUCAGGCUGAAAAUCAAUGUAUAGUACAUCCAUCUGGUAUUAUACUACAUGCCCUCUUGGUUCACCAUAAUGUAUGGAUUACAAUUUGUUUCAAAUAUGUCUAAAUCCAGGUUGUACUCUGUAACUGUUUGACUUCUAUAUCGCUUGCAGGUUUUGCUCCUCUUGCCUUAUGUAAAGCCUCUACCUUUUCAGAUGGGGCAUUGAAGUAAGGCACCGUGUACUUGAAUGUGAAAACACUCUUGUCUCAAACUAGAGGUAUCUAAAGUUAGAUAUGAAAUAAAUAAAACUGUUCAGGAAUAGCUAUAA